GCAUUUCAUAACUAUUUUAAGUUUUGGCAAAUUGGUGGCAAAUCAUUGCAUCUCAUCUAGAGUUUAUAUGCUUUAAUCCAGUGCUGCAGCGAUGCCACAAUCCUGGAACUGUGACAGCUACAGCCCCGCUGAGCAGGAAUACUAAUUCGACAGGAGCCCGCAAGUCUUCCACUGUGUUCUGAACUUCUACCGUACAGGACCCUUUCAUGCUUUGGAGGAGCUCUGUGUUUUCUUCUUCAGACAGGAGAUCGAAUACUGGGGCAUUGGUGAACAGGAUCAGGAAGCCUGCUGUCUCGAAUGGUUCCUUGAGCGCAAAGAUGAGCGGGAGCAGAAUGUGUCUGGCCGGUCUAGUAAUGCAGGGUCGUCUGGAGAGAUCUCGGCUGUGAGCAGUGACCUGAGGAGGUUUGAAGGCACGUGGUGUUCAGAUGUGCGCACCUUCAUGUGGCAAACCUUUGAAGAUCCCAAUCACUCCAAGUGUUCCAAAGGUGUAGCUGCGUUUUCCGUCCUGGUCAUUUUGACCUCCAUUGUGGCCAUGUGUAUCCACAGUAUGCCCGAAUUUCAGGUAUGCAUCCGACAGUCUGUCCUGGGCUCUCUGGAGCUCAUCUGUAUUAUUUUCUUCUCAGUGGAGUUUGUCCUGCGAGUCAUAGCAGCUCCUCAGACACGGAUGUUUUUGGGAAACCCUCUGAACAUGAUUGACAGGGCUUCUAUCUUGCCUUUCUAUGUGACGCUGGCCUUUGAAAGUUUGGAUGAAGAGGAUGGGGAGGGAAACCAACAUCUGGUCAACAUGGGGAAGGUGGUUCAGGUUCUCCGGUUAAUCAGGGUCCUAAAGCUUCAUCAACAUUCAGAAGGAGUGAGAGCUUUUGGAGAAACUCUAAAGAACUGCCAAUGCGAGUUUGUCGGUGGUGGGCCAUUAUUUCAAUGAUUAUGGUGGGCUAUGGGGAUACAAGGACAGCAGCUGGGAGGAUUGUAGCUACACUUUGCAUUCUCUGUGGGUUGCUUCUUUACCCAUCACCAUCACCAUCAUGAACAACUUUUCAAAGUACUUUGAUAAAAAUACAAUUAAGUGGCGCCUUUCAGAAGCUAAAACAUAGGAAAAUGUCAAUGGAUUCCCUGUGGUUUAAAAUUUUGGUUUGCUUUUGCAAUCUAAACUUUUUGACAAUCUUGAAAUUUAUCAAUAAAAAUAAAGCCAUCCAUCA